AUGUCAAACUUCCAGUACUGUAUCGAGUGUAACAACAUGCUUUAUCCUCGUGAGGAUAAAGUAAAUCGAACCCUCCGCCUCGCUUGUCGGAACUGUGAUUAUUCGGAGGUCGCUGCUGGCAGCAUGGUUUACCGCCAUGAACUCAUGAACUCAACGGGUGAAACCGCCGGUGUCACACAGGAUGUGGCUUCUGAUCCCACCCUACCUCGAACGGAAAAGGAAUGUAAACGCUGUCACCAGUCUGAGUGUGUGUUUUUCCAGUCUCAGUCUCGUAGGGCUGACACUAAAAUGACCCUGUUCUUCGUGUGUGCUUAUUGCGGUUUUAUUUUCGAAGACUAG